AUCAUCAUGCCCUCGCCAGCUUGUAGGCGUCUAUAUAACCUCCGGGCUACUCCGGAUCGGAGCUGUCCUCUUCAUGCUCUUCCCAUCAUAGCAAUUCCAACUCCAUCUCCAGUUCCUCCAUCUCUUUCGUUUCCAUCGCCAUCGCCAUCAUGAAGUUCACUUUCGCCGCCAUCACUGCCUUUGCUGCCACAGCAUUGGCCCAAAAUGUCCAGAUUGCCUCUCCCAAGGCUGGCCAGACUGUGCAGGCAGGACAGCAGGUGACGGUCCAGAUUGAGCGCCCGACUCCCCCCACCAACGUCGAGGAAAUGGCCAUCGCCAUCGGCCUGCAGUCCUGCGCCUCUGCCACCUGCUACCCGGCCUCGGAGGUCCUGGGUCAGGUUCUGUACAAUGGCGCUUUUGACCCCGAGUACCACGAGUGGUAUUUGCCUCAGUACCAGAACUUCACCGUCACCAUUCCCGAAGGUACUGCUUCGGGCAAGGCCGUGCUGGGUGUUGCUCAUGCCUCCCUUAUUGGGGCUUCGUUUGAGCCGUACCUCCAGACCCUCAGCCAGAACAUCACGAUCGCAUAGUUUGGUGGAGUAGAUGUACAAAGGGGGAAUUAAGGGGAGCAUAAUAUUCUCGCACGGCUGAUAAGUCUGUGUACAUAGCAAUUCAUGAAUCAAGUCGAGCAACUCUUCGAACAGUACGCGCAAUCUGCACCCGAUGAUAUAGCUCGUCCCGGAUGGUGGUGAUUUAGCGCCAAUCACGCCAU